AUCUCUAAUUCACAGCGAGGCAUGAAUCGCGCUUGUUGUCAUCGUUAGGUAGUGCUGUCUGUUAGCCUUUCUCAUCGCGUGCAAUCCUCCCAAAACACUCAUUGCCACCUCGUCGCGAGCAGAUUAAUGUCGCGGGCAGGUUAAUGUCGCGAGCAGAUUAAUGUCGCGAACAGAUUAACGUCGCGAGCAAAUUAACGUCGCGAGCAGGUCGUUGUUGUGAGCAGAGCGGCAUAGUCGAGGCAGGCAUGGCGGCGUCGGUAGGUAGCAGCGUUAGCUGAUUGCCACCUCGUCUCAAGCAAUAGUCGUCGCGAGCAAUCGUCGAGCAAUCGAGGCAAGCAUGGCGGCGUGGCUCUCGGCUUCCGCCGCCGUCGCUCCCUCGAUUCGUCAGAUUCUGACUCGCAUCGCCGUGGCUUCCUCCUACCCUGCUGUUGCAUCGUCCGUUCGCCAGAUUCUGGUUACCAAGACCCUCGCGUCGUACCCUGCGGUGGAACCACCGCUCGUCGCAUGCGCGUUGUCGCAUGGCCUCUCCCCCGUCGUCGACUCGUCUCGCUGGAGGUCGAUUAUGUCGAGCGGCAGCGAGGGACAUGCUCCUACUUACGGCUGUAGCGGCGGUUUCGUUCUCCCCUCGACGCUCUUAUCUGAUGCAUCCGUUUCCCUAGCAUCAUUUGUGCGGAGAUCAUCGGGUUCCCCAGGGUCGACUAUCAGUGGGAUCGUCGGUUCGCUGAGGCCCCUAGAGUCGUCUACGGGGACACCGUCCGUUACCCCAGUAUCGCCCGACAGCAGGUCGUCAGUUUCCCCGGCGGUCGACGCGGCUCUCGGCAUUCCCCAUGCCACCGACGCACACCCCCGCUCCUACGCGUCUCUCGCUUUCCGCGCAUCCCUUUCUUCCGCUUCCCCUUGGGCUACUCCCUCUGCAGCCCGCGCACCAGCACACCCCGCCAGCUCGCCCCUCCUCGCCUCCUCUCCUUUCGCCCUCUUCGACCGCCAACGGCGUCGCUUCCCGUCGUCCUCCCCCUCCUGUCCCCCCUCUCCCGCCUCUUUCCCCCCCUCCUCCGCUUCCGCCUCUUCCUUCUCCACCUCCUCCGCCUUCCCCCCGCCUUCCCCGCACUCGCGUGGGGCGCUCACGAGCAGAUGGGCGGCGGACAGGAAGCGGAAGAAGGAAAGUUCGAAGAAGGUGCGGCUGGCGAUUCAGGCGCUGAGGGAGCGGCAGUGGCAGGCGGCGAGGAGCCGCGGAGAGGGCGAGGGGCCGGGGGCGAGGGAGGGGGCAGGGACCGGGGAUAGUGGCGGCGGCAGCAGCAGCAGCGGCAGCAGCAGCAGCAGUAGCGAUAUGCGUGGCAUGCUGGGUGAAUGGAUGUCUCGCAUUCAGUCAUCUCUACCGAAUCCGACUUCCGCCCCUUCCGCCUCCUCAUCCCCCUCAGCCUCAUCCGUGUCCUCGUCGCCAGCAUCGCCACCAGCAGCAGCAGAGGGCGCAUCAGCAGCGCGCAGCAGCGUGGGGGCCGCAGCAGGCGGCAUGGAGCCGUUGGUGGGGCCUCUCAGGCCGCAGAGCACUGACGAGGCGUGCCUGGCGUCGCUGCUGGCGCGCUCAGACCUCGUAGUCACGCGGCGGGUGGAGUGGGGCAACGUGCUGCUGGGGUACGAGCAGAGCAACCAAUACGCCAUCAUGGACGCCCACACAGGCGAGCACGUGGGGUCCAUUGUGGAGAGCAGCAACUGGCUCAUGCGCCAGUUCCUGCGCGCCCAUCGCCCAUUCACCGCUUCCAUUCACGACGCCCACGGCAACCUGCUGCUCACGGUGCGGCGGCCCAUGUUUCUCAUCACCAGCACCAUCUACGUCGAUCUGGCCGGCCAGGCCAUAGGCCAGGUGCACAGGCGCUGGCACCUCUGGAGGCGGGUCUAUGACGCAUACCUGCACAAGCAGCAGUUUGCAAGGGUGGUUAACCCUGGCUUCUGGUGGUGGUCGUUCCCUCUGUGUGAUGCGGACGGGCAGCGGCUGGCAGUGAUCAGCAGGAACUGGAGGGGGCUAGGCUUUGAGGUGUUCACGGACGCCGGGCAGUACGUUGUGCGAUUCGGCUCCGUGCGCCACUGGCAGCAGCAGCAGCGGGAGCGGGAGCAGGAAGACAGUGAGAUGCAAGAGGAGAGGCCACAGCAGCAGCAUAAGCCAUGGAUAUCAGCCGAAGCAGACGAGGGCCCCCUUCUGGACGUGGCGCGGCCUCUCUCGCUGUCGGAGCGGGCGGUGUGUCUGGCGCUGGCCAUCUCACUGGACAACGACUACUUCUCGCGCCACAGCCAUUCAGGGGGGAUGUUCUCCUUUCUUCCCUUCGUCGGCGCUGAAGACUCCAUUUAGAGGAACCAGUAAAUACAAUGAUGGAUGUUUCAAAGAAAUUGAUUUCAUAUAA